CAGUUGGCGUGUUAAAACGAAACAAAAAUGGAUCCACCGAAAGAUGUGCAGCCGCCCAAACAGCAGCCUAUGAUCUACAUAUGUGGAGCCACCAGAGCCCUUUACUCUGAAGUCUAAUCUCCCAUCAGAGCUGUCCUACUGCCGCACUGCAUUGCUGUGGCACUUCCCCCAUCAGUGACAUCACAUCUGACAUCUCAUCCAGGGGGCGUUUCCAACAGAAAUCCCCAGCUAGGCUUAGAUGUAGCUGCAGCUCUGUGAGAGGGAGAGGCAAGAAGGGAGGAAGAGUUUGAACACACUGCAGAGGGAGUGCAGCUAUGGGGAACGCACAGGACAAGUCCCCGGGCAGCGGAGGAGGGGGAGGUAGAUCGCCUCAGGCCACAGCAGGGAGCGGGGCGAGAAGCCGAGGUGGAGGCAGCGCGGAAAAGCCCCAGACUCGAAGAGUUCCAGGGAAGGGGGCGGCCAAUGGCACUCAGAGAGAAAACACCCCUGCUGGUGGACAACAGGAACAGGGCAGCCCUGCAGUGGACACAAGUUAUCUGGACGCCCCUGCUGGGGCCCUUCCUCCUCACCUGGCCAGGCUCAAGAAUGCAGGAAACCACCUCUUCAAACAUGGCCAGUUUGGGGAAGCCUUGGAGAAGUACACACAGGCCAUUGAUGGAUGUGCUGAAGCAGGCAUUGAUAGUCCAGAAGACCUGUGUAUCCUCUACUCCAACAGAGCAGCCUGUUUCCUGAAGGAUGGAAACAGCACAGACUGCAUACAGGACUGUACCAAGGCUUUGGAGCUGCAGCCCUACUCCUUGAAGCCCCUGUUGCGCAGAGCUAUGGCCUAUGAGUCACUGGAGCGCUACAAAAAGGCCUACGUGGAUUAUAAAACCGUCCUGCAGAUAGACACCGGGGUGCAGGCGGCUCACGACAGAGUCCACAGGAUCACCAAGAUGCUUAUUGAGCAAGACGGACCUGAGUGGAGAGUGAAUCUUCCAGAGAUUCCUGCUGUCCCUCUGUCCGUCCAGCAGCAACACAGAGACAAACCGAUCAGCGCUGAAGUAGCCCAAGCCCGAGCAGCCAGGGCUGCGCAUGAGGAAGCCAGCAGAAAAGAUGCCCACUUUACUUUACUGAAACGGGAAGGCAACGAUCUGGUCAAGAAAGGCCACUUCCAAGAGGCUCUGGAAAAGUACAGUGAAUGUGUCGCAUUAAAACCUGACGAAUGUGCUCUCUACACAAACAGAGCCAUUUGCCUCCUGAAACUGAAUCACUUUGAAGAGGCCAGACAGGACUGUGACACUGCAUUGCAGCUGGAGCCGGGGAACAAGAAAGCCUUCUACAGACGAGCCCUGGCUUAUAAGGGUUUACAGGACUACCUGUCGGCCAGCAGUGACCUCCAGGAAGUCCUCCAGCUGGACCCGAAUGUUCGGGAGGCCGAGGAGGAGCUUGAGGUGGUGACGAGCUUGCUGAGACAGAGCCUUAUGGAUACCACUGCACACACACCAAGGGUUUGAUGUGGAGGAAUAUGGAGGCAGAGGAAUGAAAUGUGUACUGUAGCAGUUAUGGAGGAAAAGGACUCUUAAAGCCAUCGAGUGUAGUGAGUAAGACCUGCAAAAAUGAAAAGGACUGGUGUUGACUCCUGGGACGGACUCCUUGGAUGACCAGCUUUUCAGCUCUGCGCCAUCUGUAAUGUGUGCAAACUACACUAUAACUCCCGAGUACACAACCUUACAUAAUGGGCAGCUUUAUUUAAAAAAAAAAAGAAAGGCUAAUGUCAAAGUACUCAUGACCUGCUUGCACUAUAAAUCAUUCACAUUAUGAUGUAAUGUACAGUACAUACAGAUUCAUGUAACAGGCUGCAGAACGCCGUUUCAUGGUGGAGUAACGCGGGGAAAGUAAGAGUGUGUUAUGUGUGCCUUAUUGAGAUUUCUAUCACAGUUAGGAUAAAAUAUGCCAAGAUUUAAUGAUGUGUUUGGUUCCAAAAUAGUUCAUUGAGCUCACAACAAAAGCACUGACAGAAACAGAUUCAGCUCAGCUAUAUUGUAUAUAGAGACAAGGAACUCCCAGAAAGAUUUAAAAAACAAACAAACAAACAAAAAAAGUAAAAAAGUCAAGAUCUGGUACAAUCUUUAUGUAUCCAGGGAUUCAGCUAUUCCAGCUAUUUCAAGACAUUUGUCAUUGUUUACAUGUAUUAUCAGCUGCUACAUAUUAAAAAGGAUAAGCCAACAAAUUAGUAUAAAACAUUUCCACAGCUAAAGACCCUCUAGAGUGAGGUGUUACAACUAUAUUUAAGAUGCUAAAAUAAUGAUUUAUCACAGUUAAAAUAUCCCAGCAAUUGAAGUUAGCUUUACUUAUCAUGUACUGUAUGACUUAUUGUAGGUCUCAGGUUCAAUCUUGAAUGUAUGACUGCGUGUCUUUUGUGUGAAUAGGUGUAAAGUAGUUACGUUUUGGAAAGUCUCUUAUCAGAAUACUACAUAGUUUUAUUCGUGGCCCUUAACUGAACCCUUGGAUCUGUUUAUAAAAUACCUAACAGCUUCCAUUCAUCAAACAUACUUGUUAUAAUACAUAAUGUCAAAACACAAGAGAACUCAUCUGCAGGGGGAGGAAUUACGGUUGAUAUGACCCCAAGCAGUCCAGUCUGAUAAACAGCUUGUUGUCAGGUUUCUUCAUCAACUGGUGGAAGUCUCUUGAACAAAAGAAUAUGUGGGAUACUACAGGUUGGGGACCUACACAGUAACAACUUAACUCCUCCAUGUGAGCUUUAAAUGUAUAACCAGACUUUCACAUUCACAUUUUUAAAGCCCUACAGCCAUUACACACACACACACACACACACACACACACACACACACACACACACACACACACACACACACUUUGCUUGCCUAAUUAGAGCUCCCCUCAGGUCUGCACUGUCACUGACAGUCUAUGAUUGUCACACCUGUUUGGGAAGGACAUCUUAGACCUUUGUCACUAGGAGGAGAUGUCUAAUUAAUCUAAAUAAUUGAAAACACCUAUGUGGGGCGCUUUUGAAUCGUCCAUUCCAAUUCCUUUUAAACGUCCCAUGUCAUGCCUAUAACACACAACACAUGUAAAUCUUUGUAUAGCACAAUGUGCCACAACUUUUAUUUAAUUCAUCAUUUGACAUAUCCACGUAUUAAUACACUUUCUCCAGUCCUAUUUUACCAAGGACCUAUUUCUUUCCCUCGCAUUGUCUAAAUAAAAGCAUAAAAACAUCAACUAAAUGAAAACAAUCGAUAUGAGGCUUGAAGUGUUGCUUCGUGGAAUGCAGCAUGUACUGUAUGUAAAUAGUUUGGAUGCAAAUGUAAAUAAUAAACUGCUAUGUGGAUGCUUUAA